CCUGUCAUUGGCUUAGGGACGGAUGCGCGUAAGGCAGGCCACAGCGGCAGCUGCGCGGUAAAGAUGUGAAGCGCAAGGGCCGCAAAUCGAACCUUGGCUGAGCCUCUGAGCUGCUCCCAAGUUCCAUGUUCUCGUUAUCCAUACCUUACCUUACCUACCACGCCUAUCUAAUACUUACGGAUACAGCAUCCAAUGAACCGGCCCGCGUGCCUGACUGUCGCUUCGGCGCCCUGUUCACUGAUUGGCACAGUCCGUUUACACACACCCAGGCGGGCACGGCGGGCUACCACCUUGCCUUACCUCUCAGCUCAAGCACAAACGCAAUGAGACAAGAAACAGCCCAAGCUGAACCAUGAGAAAAUAUACAAAAUAACCCAAAGAACUUGAGCACAAGACAGUCAACACAGCUGGUGGUACCUGCGGUCCUCGACUACACAUUAAACUGCC